UACCAUAAGCCAAGGUCUUGUGUUACAUACAGGCAGCUUGAAAGAACUGCUAAGCGAGACUUCCUGCUUCCCUUUUGGGAGUUUAAUUGAGCGACCACCUGAGGCUUCUUUGGUGAUUUUGACCAGGAUGUAUUUCUUUGCUAUGCUGCUCAGGGUAUCACUCUGAGGAACCCUCUGCUCUGGAUAACAGCAUCAACACAAGCCACAACAUGGGUGAGAUUAGCCAAGAUGCCGUGGAGCGCUACCUGGAGGGGAACCCUUGUUUUGCCAAGGAGUACUUUGACAAGAAGCUGCGAGUGGAGACACUGGGGGUGAUCUUCAAAAAUAGCCAUCCGGGGGUCCAGGCAGCCAUGUCUCUCCCUGAGAUGACACAGGUGGAGGAGUCUGGCGUGUGCCUGGAGCUACUGCAGUAUAUGCAGGAUGAGGCAGGAAGUGCUGAGCAGGUGGCUCACAGGGCCCUGCAGAGGCUGGCUCAGCUUCUACAGGCUGAUUGCUGCAGUAUGUUCACGUGCCGAGCAAGAAACGGCGUACCGGAGGUGGCCUCCAGGCUGCUGAAUGUCACCCCAACUUCUAAGUUUGAGGACAACCUCGUGGCCCCUGACAAAGAAAUUGUUUUUCCGUUGGACAUUGGGAUAGUUGGCUGGGUCGCUCAUUCGAAGAAAGCCCUUAAUGUCUCAGAUGUCAAAAAGAACAGUCAUUUUUCUGACUUUAUGGACAAGCAAACUGGAUAUGUCACCAGGAACCUACUGGCAGUCCCAAUCAUGACGGGCAAGGAGGUUCUUGCUGUCAUCAUGGCAGUGAACAAAAUCAACGCUCCCGAGUUUUCCACACAGGAUGAGGAGGUCUUUUCCAAGUACCUCAGCUUUGUUGCUGUCGCCCUAAGGCAGCAGCAUACCAGUUACCUGUACAAUGUGGAGUCCCGGAGAAGCCAGAUCCUUAUGUGGUCAGCCAAUAAAGUAUUUGAAGAGCUCACUGAUGUUGAGCGACAGUUUCACAAGGCCUUGUACACCAUCAGGACAUACCUGAACUGCGAGCGCUAUUCCGUUGGUCUUCUGGACAUGACCAAGGAGAAGGAAUUUUACGAUGAGUGGCCAAUCAAGCUUGGAGAAGUCGAGCCUUAUAAAGGACCAAAGACUCCAGAUGGAAGGGAAAUCAUCUUUUAUAAAAUCAUCGAUUACAUUUUACAUGGAAAAGAAGAGAUCAACGUGAUUCCGUCACCUCCAGUAGACCACUGGACCCUUGUUAGUGGAUUGCCAACAUACGUCGCUGAAAAUGGAUUUAUCUGUAACAUGCUGAAUGCCCCUGCAGAUGAGUACUUCACAUUUCAGAAAGGACCGGUAGAUGAGACUGGCUGGGUCAUUAGAAAUGUCUUGUCCCUGCCUAUUGUCAACAAGAAAGAAGACAUCGUGGGUGUGGCUACGUUUUACAACCGGAAGGAUGGGAAACCCUUUGAUGAACAUGAUGAACAUAUCACUGAGACUUUAACCCAGUUUCUUGGAUGGUCUCUUUUAAACACCGAUACCUAUGAUCGAGUGAACAAGCUGGAGAGCAGAAAGGACAUGGCUCAGGAAAUGAUCAUGAACCUCACAAAAGCCACUCCUGAGGAAAUCAGCUCUAUUUUGAAAUUUAAAGAGAAGUUAAAUGUAGAUGUAAUCGAAGAGUGUGAAGAGAGGCAGCUCCUGGCCAUAUUGAAGGAGGACUUGCCGGACCCGAGAGCAGCAGACCUGUACGAGUUCCGUUUCAGCGACUUCCCCAUUACAGAGCACGAGUUGGUUAAAUGCGGGUUGCGGCUGUUCUUGGAGAUAAAUGUGGUGGAGAAAUUCAAAGUACCUGUAGAGGUUCUUACAAGGUGGAUGUACACAGUUCGGAAAGGGUACCGCCCUGUCACCUACCACAACUGGCGGCACGGAUUCAACGUGGGACAGACCAUGUUCACUUUGUUAAUGACAGGGAGACUAAAGAAAUACUACACAGACCUUGAAGCUUUCGCCAUGCUCGCUGCUGCUUUCUGCCAUGACAUUGACCACAGAGGCACCAAUAACUUGUACCAAAUGAAGUCCACAUCUCCACUUGCAAGGCUUCAUGGGACUUCCAUUUUAGAGCGACAUCACCUGGAAUAUAGCAAGACUCUCUUGCAGGAUGAGAGUUUAAACAUCUUCCAGAAUCUAAACAAGCGGCAGUUUGAAACAGUGAUCCAUUUGUUUGAGGUUGCGAUAAUAGCCACUGACCUGGCGCUUUAUUUCAAGAAGAGAACCAUGUUUCAAAAGAUUGUUGAUACCUGCGAGCAGAUGCAGAGUGAAGAAGAAACCAUCAAAUAUGUAACUUCCGACCCGACCAAAAAGGAAGUCAUCAUGGCCAUGAUGAUGACCGCCUGUGACCUGUCUGCCAUCACCAAGCCCUGGGAGGUGCAGAGUCAGGUAGCACUUCUGGUUGCAAAUGAGUUUUGGGAACAAGGAGAUCUGGAAAGAACAGUGCUACAGCAGCAACCAAUUCCUAUGAUGGACAGAAACAAAAAGGAUGAACUCCCAAAACUUCAAGUGGGAUUCAUUGAUUUUGUUUGUACUUUUGUAUAUAAGGAGUUCUCUCGGUUUCACAGCGAGAUCACGCCCAUGCUGAACGGCCUUCAGAAUAACAGGGUGGAAUGGAAAUCCCUGGCGGACGAAUAUGAGGCAAAGGUGAAGAUGACUGAAGAGGAGGCAGGAAAGAAGGAAGAAGGAGUCUCGGAUGGAAAAGCUGCCACAGAUUUAGGAGGCAGCGCCGAAGACAAAAAGUCCAAAACGUGCUUAAUGUUAUAAUCUAAUCGGUCUGUAUUUCAAGUAUCAUCUUAGUUCCCACGAAAAAAACCAUCCAAAAGAACCUCCUUGAGUUCUGUUCAGUGACCAUGACGUGACAGAAGAGAAAGCUCCAGACGCACUGCCAUGUGACUAUCCACAGAAUACUGCUGACCCAGAGACCCUGUGAGCUAAAUAAAGUCCGGUCAAAAACCAAAAUGUAACAACAACAAAAAAAAGGAUUUUAUGAGUUUGUUUUAAAUUUUUAAAAAAUGGUAUCUUGAAAUGAGUCACAAGUGUUAUAUAUUGUGUGUAUACAUCAAGAUUGAUUUAUAUGUACGUGUCUGAGUCUGUGUGAAGGCCAGAAGAGGGCUGUGGGUUCUGGGAUCCCAAGUCCUCUGGGAGAACAGCAAGUGCUGGUGACUGCUGAGCCAUCUCUCAGCCUGAGGAACGAGUAUAAAAUAGAUCACUAAUGGUUAUUCAUUUGCUAAAACUGCUGUAACAAGUCCCUCGUGCCAGGUGGCUUCAAGCACAGCAGUUUAUUUCCUCAUAACCACUGGGCUGGAGCCUGGAAGUUUGAGACAGUGUGCUGGCAUGCUUGGUUUUAAGUGAGGCCCCUUGGUCUGUAGGCCUUUACCCGGGGUUGUCACACAGGCAUCUCUCUGUCCCUUGCUUGUAAGGACACCAAUUCUAUUGGAUUAGGACUCACUCCUAGGCCUUCAUUUCAGCCAUGCUUACCUCAUCAACGACCUUAUCUCCAACAUGUUGUACUGAAGAUUAGCAUUCUACAAUAGGAUUGGUGAGGGGACGGGUCUCAGCCUGUAACACUCAUACUUGUGAUCCAUACCUCUACUUUCUAAACUAAGGAUCAUUCAUCAGCAUGUUCAGAGAAGAUACAGGCUAGAAUGAGCCAUGCAUAUAAAUACAAAGAACAAUGUCGGAAGACAUCCACAGUCUCUCCUAUUUUUCUCCUUUGAUAAUGGCACGAUGUCCAAGAUAUUUUUAGCAGUUUAUAAAAAACUGGUUUUUUUCCCUAUGCUUUCUCCCUUUCAAACUCUAAAAUAAAUUUUAUGUACAACUAAGAAUACUUUUAACAUUAUUGAAAGAAUUUUGGUAAGACACUACUGGAUAAUUUUACCGUUAAAUCAAUUAAAAAAUAUUCAAAAUUAAAUAUUUAAUUGGGCAAGAACUUAUUAUCAAAAAAGUCUAGAAAGACCAGUUAAGAUUACUUUGUGUGUGUUGGGAGGGAAGGGGGGAAGGUUGUGUGCUGGAGAGAUG